CCUUCAGGCCAGAUCAGCGCGCCGGAGGCUCUGAGCGAAGGAGCUCCCCGCCGGCUGUCCGCUCGCCUCGCCCGGGAGCUCACCCUCCCAGCAUGUUUCUUUCCAUGAGGCCUCUCCCAGCGCCCAGAGCUUCAGUACAAUGUGCAGAUGGAGACUGAUACAGGGUGCCUCCGCCUCUGCCCACCUGCCUUCCUCCUCCUCCUCUUCUUCCUCCGCCGGCCGCGGCGGCUGCAGCUUCUUGCUGCUGCUCUGCCUGAUGUCUUCGCUGACCGCCUCCAGCCAUGAGCACGGGCGCGGCGUGCUGCUCCUCAAGGCCGCCAACGCCUCGUCCACCUCUUCUUCUUCCUCCCCCUCGUCGUCUUCCUCCUCCUCUUCGGCCGCCAGCGCGGGGAGACGCGUGCGGAGCUACGACCACCUCCGAGGAGACGUGCGCCAGAGGAAACUCUAUUGCUUCAACAAGUUCUUCCUCCGGAUUGAGAAGAACGGGAACGUGAGCGGCACCAAGAGGGACAACUGCCCCUACAGCAUAUUGGAAAUAACAUCUGUGGAAAUUGGAGUGGUGGCUGUUAAAUCCAUUAACAGCAAUUAUUAUCUUGCCAUGAAUAAAAAUGGCAAAGUCUAUGGAUCUAAAGAGUUUAACAACGAUUGCAAACUAAAGGAGAGGAUAGAAGAAAAUGGAUACAAUACGUAUGCCUCAUUCUCCUGGAAAAAUAAUGGAAAGCAAAUGUUUGUGGCUUUGAAUGGGAAAGGCGGGACAAGGAAAGGACAGAGAACCAGGCGGAAAAACACUACUGCUCAUUUUCUUCCCAUGUUAGUUGACCCACAGAUGAAGGACUUCUUCUACUGAUUGCAGCUGAACCAAAGAUUUUGUCAGGAAUACCUUGUACUCCUCUCAAAAGGCAAAGGCAAAAACAGAGCAGAUGUCUGUUUGACGGAAAAGGGGAAAAGGUUUUCUACUCUCUGUUGCAUUAUGAAGUACCUCUAAUUAGCUAUGUGUCAUAUGCUAUAAUCAAAACACAAGCUGGAUCAGAUGGGAUCAGAGUUUUUUCCAACGCAAGAGAAUUAUGAUUAUUAUUUUUUUAUCUUGCCGGUAGAACUGAAAGGAUAUGAGACGAUGUAUGGGGUGAUGUUGGGGAAAGUUAUUUAUGGAAUACUAACUCAAAUCAAAAGAACUUCAUUCAAGCUUAAUGAUCCAAUGAACAGUUAAGCAUUGACUGUAAGCACAUGGGUCAUAUGCAGAAAGAAGAAAAGAUUUUGGAACGGUCUCAUAUGGAAAAGAUGAAUAGGAUUAAGAAAUAUAAGCAUAUUAAAGUUGUUCUAACAAAAUAAAUAGUAUGAUUCCCCAUCUCUUUGUAUGCUAACGCCAUGCCUUUGUAUUUCUCCCUAAGUUAUUUAUUUAAUAGGAUGUUAAAUAUCUUUCUUCUCUUUUUUUUGAUUGUUUGAAGGAUUUUCUUAGUUGCUUCCUCUCGCAUAAUGGUUCUUUUCCUGCUGUCUAUAUUCUUUGCAAGAUUGACAAAGUCAAACCUUGAAACCUUGCCCAAAUUUCCAUAAAUACAGGAAGAACAACACAAAAGAAAAACAUGGGAUUGUAGAUUGUGUUCAGUUGUGUUCCCCCCCUUCCCCCCCCCCUUGAAACUUGUCUUUUAAGAUUUGCACUUAAAAUUGAUAGGAUCAGAAACGAAUGGAAAUGGCAACCGGAUCUGUGUGCAUUUUAUCAACAUCUUUGAUUACUGCUCUCCUUACAGAUCCAAAACUUCCUAUAUAAGAUCA